AUGCCUAUUGAGUUCAUGGGAAGCCCGUUUUUGCACUUUCCUAUGCUGAUGCCGCUCACGGCUAUUUUGCCCGGAUUCCCGUCAACGAAUCAAACGGAUUUUGUGCCGAAACACCUUCCUGCUUUUGAAAUGAGAUCUUGGGUGGAUGUGUUGUGGAUAGUUUCGACUUGUGGUAAACUGAUCCCGAGGAUACGUGGACAGUCGGCUCCCUUGAAAAGCAUAAAUAAAGCCCUCCUUCACCCGCCUCUAUCCCACGUUCUCAUCACCAACAACCUCGAAUUCGAAAUCAGUCAGAGCAAUUUAAGCAAACUUCACAAAAUCCAUUCUCAACUAGGUAAAUAUCGACAUGUAUCAUUGACGCCUACUGCCGUCACAUUUAGAUCUAUCCAAAAUCUUACAAUGAAGCUCUCCGCCACCGUCGUCGGCCUCUUAGCCGCUCUCGCCAUGGCAGCGCCAGCUUUUGAGACUGCUGAAGCUCUUGAGGCUCAGACAGAAGCUGUCGUCAAUGAGCUGGUCAGUCGCCAGAUCUGGCAAAUGCUAGAGGCAAACCCAAAAUUUCACUUUGAGGGCCGUGUGAGUGUUACCUGCGCCUCAAUUGGUCUGUUAUCUGGCAAGGAACCAGCUUAG